UUAUAUCUACAGUUUUUCUUAUAUAACAUUUUCUAUUUCUUUUAAUAAAUUUAGAAAAGGAUAUCUAUACGUAGUAACUGCCAAGUGAUGAGAUCCGGAAAUUGGUAUUGCAUAUAUUACGUAUUUUACAUUAUACAACAUACGCACUGCUGGAUAGAUGGUUGACGUUCGAUACAAUAGAAAACUUUUUCAAAUAUAUUUUAUUGAAAUUAGAAAAUAAGAAAUUUAUAGAGCAAUAAAAAAUACACGUUAAAUUAGAGUAAAAUUUUAACAUACGUUUAAACAUUUAAUUAAUAUCAUAAAUAUCAUUAUUUCGAUGUUACUGCUUCUUUAUUAUUAGUAAUUGUUAUUUUAUUAGUUGUUAUUGUUUCCUAGCUUUACUUUAGUACUAUAUCUAUUUUGAUUUAAAGGUAUCCACGCAAUUAAUAUACUUCUGUAAACAUAUUUCUAUCGCGAUCAUAUCUAUUUUUAAUGCUAUUCACUACCUUUCGCCCAUAGUUAUGCGACUUCAGCGACAGUACGGACAAUAUACGAACUACAAACCCCCACUAUGCCCCUAUUCUAUCGAUGUAUAAGAUUCUAUAGGUUACGCUUUUCUCUCGUAUAACCUAACAAUCGAAAUUCUCUAACAGAAAUUUUUGUAUCUAGUAAAAAUAGUAAUACAUCUGACAAAAGUGAUAAAAAACCAAAUACCAGAUUAUACUUCCUUAAAAUUAGUUGAAAUUAAAUAUUUAAUCUUAGACGUUUGAAAAGAGAGAACUUGGAUGCUUCCUCGUCGGAAUUCUAAAGAAGACUGGAUCGAUAAAUAUCAAAGUCAGCCGAAUGUUUGUUUUUGUUGAUAUUAAAUGUAGUCUACGAUACGGAGAUCAAAAUUUAACUGUGUUGAAAUAUUACAUUGAAAUUAUUUUUUGUACAAUGUUUUGUAUUAGUUGUAUAUUAUAUUGUAUAUAGAUAUGGUCGUAUAUUAUAGUGUAAUUGUUUACCGUCCGAUGUGCGGAAAGAUAUUUCCUGCUUGUAUCAAUGUGUUUCCGUUAUAUAUCAGUACUCGAGUAAGAAUAGCGACGUCUAGCGACAAAUCAUAGAUUUAGUACUACGUACUUCCAAAAAUGUUAGACGUAAAUAAAAAAAAGAAAAAGCAAAAUAAACGAAAAAGUAUUACUUUAGUAUUUGACGAGAAUAAAAGACGACAAUUUUUAGGAGGUUUUCAUAAGCGCAAAGUCCAACGACAAAAAAGAGCUCAAGAGGAAUUACAAAAGCAACUGAAAGAAGAAAAAAAAAGAAUAAAACAAGAUGCACGUGAACGUUACAAAAAAUUGUUAUCAAACCGUGAUGUACCAGAACUUGAGAAAUUAUUGUCAGAACAAGAAUUUGAAACAGAAAAUCACAGAGUUAGCAUUUUAGAAAUGGAUAUCGAUUCAUUAUAUGAAAAAAAUAAAUGUAUUGGAAUAAACAAAGUAAUUGAUGAUAAAAAAGAAUCUGAAAAGGAAGAAAAUUUGGAAACUGAUGAGAAAUCUACAGCAGAAAUUUCGAUACAGGGAAUGGAAGGAAAAAAUAUUGAAUCAGCAAAGGAUUUAAAACGAGCUAUUAAACAAGCUGCAUUAAAAGAAGUAAAAAGAAGUAAAGCAUUCCAACAAAAAAACAGAUUAGAACAUAACAAGAACAAAAGGCAAAGCAUUAAAAAAAAGAAAAAACAACAAAAAAUAUUAAAAAAACGAGAAGGGAAAUUUAAAAAAAAAGUGAAGCAUUAAUAUUUUUACUGUUGUGUACUUUAUUUUUUUUUUAUAUAAAUAUUGUUUUUAAUUAUAGGAAAAAUAUUUUUAAUGCAACUUUAAUAAAGAUAUAUAAUAAUACUUUUUA